CUCUACAUUAUAAGGAUACCUUACAGGGUGGGGAAAAAGGUAUAAGGAGGACGCUCGGUAGGUGCUUCGAAACAUUCUGCAAACGGCCCGAGUGUGACACCAGCAAACAUGAUCACCACCUCGUCAACCAUCUUGGUGGCUCUGGCGCUGUGCAGCGCCCUCGCGUCCAGCGCUCCCCAAAACUUCUACUACUUCCAACCACCCUUCAACAACCAACAUCAGCAGCACCAGCAGCAGCAGUACCAAUACCCCCAACCCUACCAGCAGUACCAACACCAACCCCAGUACAGUCAGCGACAGCAGCAGCAGUUCUUCGGCGGACAGGCGGCACCCUUCCCCUUCCCCUACCAGGGCGGAUACCCUGCGCCUGCAAGCUACAACCCGGCGUACAACUUCAACCCAGGAUAUAGCACCUCCUCAGUACAAAGCUACGGUCCUGUUCCGCCACACCAGUACUACUCGCCACCCCAGCAGCAACCGCAGUACGUCUUUGUGUACCCUGGCAACCCCUACCAGCCCUACCCUGGCACCCCUGCUGCACGACCCCCGCCCGUGGACGACACCGGUGACGCCGAGGUGUUCAACACGCUAGGCAGCAUGGAGCACACCGACCAAGACGUGUCCAACGAGCGCAGGGAGCCCCUGGCACCGGAAGUUGCUGUUUCCGGACCUGAGGUUGGACGGCGAGGAAUGCCCGAAAAGAGCGUGGCGGCCAAGAAGCCCCAGAGAGUGCAGAAGUUGGUUGACCAGCCCAAAGCCGAGGUGGAGCAAUCGGCCGAGGAGAAGGUGGACGAUGAUGUCGACACGAUUGUUGUUGACGUGGAUGACACUGAAUUCGACGGUGGAUCCGACAAGAAUGACGACAAGAGCUGGCACCGGCGUCUGGCUCCGAGUCUACAGUCCGUAUACGUGGAGGCCGAUGACAACGGUCGCGCCGGGAUCAAGGCGCCUACGGCUGGCAGCGGCGGGAGCGUGGUCGUCGGAGACGACGCCCAUAGCGGCCCUUCGGUGGCCUCUGUGAAACCAGCGGCCAUAGCCUUGGCCGGCCCUGGAGGAGUCGCCUCCGCAGCGCCAGUUGGUACAGCAGUGGUUGGACCCGGAGGUCUGGCUGUGGCGGCCCCCUCUGCCACCGCAGUGGCCGGCCCUACCAGCGGAGUUCCACCCGGUGUGCUCGGAGGCGCUGCUUCUGCCCGGUCCAACUUCCGUCUGCACCAGAUGCUGGAUAAAAUGUACGCGGCCCCUGCACGGAGAGCAGCCUUUAGGUCGGCGGCCGCCUACAACCUGCAGGACUUCUACUGAAUCAGACUCCUUAGUGUACAUACUGUGAAAUCAAACCUUCGAGGGAAGACGACCGCGACUUGAUACAUGCCAACUGAACUUUUGUUAGUUAUAAGUAAGAGCGUUAUCAUCACAAUGACCAAGAGUUACAAAGUAUUUCGGAAUAAUCUCUAAACUGCAUGAUUAGUAGAGAGCAGACUAAAUAAUUUGUAUCUUGUUGUGAAUAGCAAACUUACUGUUUAAUAGUUUGAUAUGAAAGCUUCACUAGCGAGCUUCAAUACUCCUUUUCAUCGUGUCACCAUUUUUGUAGAACCGAGGUAAUUGAUUCGCAGUAAUAACCUCGCACUCAUCAGAGUGUGGAAUUCAUAACAAAAAUUUCAUAGAUCUCAUGUCAAUAUUAAUAAAGCAUCAUUGUGUCAUCAAA